CAUAAACCCUACAAAUUGCAGGCCAGGUACGGCCAAGUUCAGAAAAGCUUACACGCUUUUAUCUUUAAAUUUUCCACAUUGCCACUCUUCUACAUCAUCCUUUUCUUCUUCUCCCUAGGUUCACUAAAAAGAAAAUGGCUUCAAAGUUAGAGGUAUCGAUGAGCAAGGGGUGGCCAAGAUGGCUGAGCAUCAAAGGGAAUUCCGAGUUGAUCAACUUAACUAUUCGCUGCUCAUAAUAUAUAAGCGAUGAAACAGCCAAGCAGGGUUUUCCGACUGAUCCUGCACUAAUCAUUCAGUCGGUUCGGGCUAGAUCUACCGCCCUUACGAGUGAAGCCGGGGAGUUCUGGUCAAAGUUCGAAGAUAGUCUCGUUGAGUUCGUCUUCUCUUCGAAGUUCAUCGAAGUCACUGGAUCGGACUUCAACGUAACGGAUAAUUUGUGCCGGGCCAUCUUUCGAGGCCAACAAGUUCGAGCCGAAGUCGAAGCGGGAACCCCGGAGUAUGAAGAAGGACGAGCCGCACUGAUUGCGCUGAAGCGGCCGAGCUCGCCCGAAGAUAUUACGCUAAGCCGACAGGAAGUCAUCAACCACGCCAAAGCUCUCAAUUAUGCCAUUAAUCACGUUGUAAUGGGCAGUGAACCAAUCACAGAGAGCCUUCUUCGAGAAAUCCACGGCAUAUUGUGUGCUGGGAAAGUUUUACCGGAGGAGGCAGGGCAGCCUGGGGUGUACAGAACCUGGGAGAUCGCAGCACGACACGGCAACGACAUGAAGAAAAAAUCCAUCUUCAUACGCUCUUCUGCCGUCCCCCGAUACAUGGCUGAGAUGGUAGAAGAUCUACAGAAAGACAUGUUUACUGUAGAGGAGAGCAAGGCCGUCGACCCCUUCGAUCUUGCAAGCAGAUAUUGUUACCGGCUAGUCUGUAUCCACCCCUUCGGCGAUGGGAAUGGAAGGAUGUGCCGGAUUUUACUCAACGUCAUUCUCCUAAAAUACGCCGGGUUCGUUAGCACAUUUGGCGGCACCGAGGCCGAGCGGCAAGAAUAUCUAGAUUUGGCACAGCGAUCAAAUAAGAAAUUCCACAAAGAUAUGGGAAGCUCCUGAGGAGGAUAAGAAAGGUCAUCGUGAACUAGCGAAGUUCAUAGUUGCGAAGUCUAAGCAUGCAUUUGAUAAUUUGUGGGGAUGGGCCGCCCGAUAAAAAGGGGGAUCGCUAUAGAUUUUUUGGGUCUUCAUGGGCUUUACAGGAUAAUAUUAGUUACUAGUUCGGCUUGGUUAAGUUUAGUUAGAU